CAAAGUAUGCAGAAUCAACUAUCUAUGUUGUUCUUCUUAGUUGAUCUUCAGAUAUUGGUGUUUUCCUUUUUCUGUUUUGUAAAAGUGUCUAUGGGUGCAGUAGAAGUACAGCCAAGGAGCUGGUACGUACACGAUGAAAAUCGAAAUAAUACGAUCCGCUUUCAGUGUUUGGGAGCAACUGGAGCGGUGUGGCUAUUUAACGGACAACCAAUAUCUCGUUUGAAUGCAACAGAAUCGAGAAUAGUUAACAAGCAUAUGAUUCAAAUUACUACGUUUCGAUUCGAGUUUGCUGGAGUGUAUACAUGCAGAAAUUCGUUGGCCGGAAAAGAAGAAGCUAACGCAACACUGCAAGUUCAGCCUGAGUUUGCUGAUCCUCGAUCUAUUGGAAAGAUUGUAGCCUCUGGUGAUCAUGUUGAGUUGAACUGUUCUAUUAGAGCGCACGUUUAUCCUCCUGCUACGCUAGAAUGGAUGAAACGCGACAUUAGUGGUGUAAUACGACUUGGUGUACAUGAACGGUAUGUUGUGUCGCAAGCUAGACUGGACGACUCUGGUGAGUACAUCUGCAUAGCCACAAACAAGUACGCUUGGGCGUUUGCAACAAAAUCAAUAUUCUUGAAAGUGUACGGUAAGUAACUUUAGUUAUAUCAUAACCGAUUUGAAAAUUGUAAAAUUGAGAGCAUGCAGUGGCGGAUUCAGAAAGAGGAGAGCACGGCAGCUCUGCAUGACUCUCGUCUAAG